CAGCCUCGGUGUCAGCCAUCUUUCAAUUGUGUUCGCAGCCGCCGCCGCCGCGCCAGCGCCGCUCUCCGACGCCAGCGCCGCCUCUCGUUCGCCGAGCUCCAGCCGAAGGAGAAGGGGGGUGAGUAAGGCCUCUCUUAUACCAUGGCUCGUACCAAGCAGACUGCCCGCAAGUCCACCGGUGGUAAAGCACCCAGGAAACAACUGGCAACAAAAGCCGCUCGCAAGAGUGCGCCCUCCACUGGAGGGGUGAAGAAACCCCAUCGUUACAGGCCUGGUACUGUGGCGCUUCGUGAAAUUAGACGCUACCAGAAGUCCACUGAACUUCUGAUUCGCAAGCUCCCUUUCCAGCGUCUGGUGCGAGAAAUUGCUCAGGACUUCAAAACAGAUCUGCGCUUCCAGAGCGCAGCUAUUGGUGCUUUGCAGGAGGCAAGUGAGGCCUAUCUGGUUGGCCUUUUUGAAGAUACCAAUCUGUGUGCUAUCAUGCCAAACGUGUAACAAUUAUGCCAAAAGAUAUCCAGCUAGCACGCCGCAUACGUGGAGAACGUGCUUAAGAAUCCAUUUAAGAUGGAAGCAUUUCAUUCUCAAAGUUUCCCCCCUCCCCCUUUUCUUGUUAUCAGUAGUUCUGAAUGUUAGAUUUUUUUUUCCCCAUGGGGUCAAAAGGUACCUAAGUAUAUGAUUGCCAGUGAAAAAUAGGGGACAGAAAUCAGGUUAUUGGCAGUUUUUUCCAUUUUCAUUUGUGUGUGAAUUUUUAAUAUAACUGCGGGGAUAUAAAGCAUUAAUGCAAGUCAAAAUGUUUCAGUGAACAAGUUUCAGCAGUUCAACUUUAUAACAAUUAUAAAUAAACCUGUUAAAUUUUUCUGGACAAUGCCAGCAUUUGGAUUUUUUUAAAAAUAGUAAAUUUCUUAUUGAUGGCAACUAAAUGGUGUUUGUAGCAUUUUUAUCAUAUAGUAGAUUCCAUCCAUUCACUCUACUUUUCUAACUGAGUUGUCCUACAUGCAAGUACAUGUUUUUAAUGUUGUCUGUCUGCUGUGCUCUUCCUGUAAGUUUGCUAUUAAAAUACAUUAAACUAUACUUGCUUUUGAUCUUUA